AUGGGAAAAGAGAUCGACAGAGCAGACUGCGUCAUCAGACAGAACACUGCCACAGUGCGCAACCAUAUAGACGAUGUGGGCAUGCGCACUACAGUACGUGUGAUUGGCCACAGUAAUUUUAAGCGGGGUCUCCUCACUCCAAAGAUAGGACAGAGUGAGAUACUGUUGAGCCCCAAAACAAGACCCUCGAUGAUUUAUGUUCCUUGGCUUUAUAAGGAAACCAUUAACAGGACUACUCAUGAUGUCUUCAAAACUGCGAGGAGGUUUAGCACGAGUUUUCCCAAAGUAAAAUUUUAUUUCCAGACUGACGAUAUGAUCGAUGACAUGGAAAGAAAAUUUAUGAAUGAAACGGGAUUAAACAGAACGGAGAUUAAAUCCUGGUUCAGUACUGGAUACAUGUCUGUCCUCUUUGCCCUCGAUGUUUGUGAUAAUGUCGUCUGCUAUGGAGUAUCAGACGUAGACUACUGCAGACGAGAACCACAAUCUCAGGUUGGCUAUCACUACUACGACACCGGCAAGGAUCGUUCUCUUGAAUGCAGCUACUUCAACAACAGAGAAUAUAUGGUCAAAGGCGGUCAUAAAUUCUUGACGGAGAAAAAGCUGUACGCCAGAUGGGCACAACUCAAACCUUUGACGUUCCGCGCACCCACUUGGCCUGAAAGUGCGUUCAACUUGAGCGGGGAGUUUGAAUCGCCUUACCUGAGUGUGUAUAGAAAGGCGAAGGAAGAUGGUUCUUUCGCGAGUAUCGCGAUCUAUGCUAAAUCAGUUAUUGAGAACAAUCCUAAACCCUUGAGUAAUGCUAAGGUUCGGAGGCCAAUCCUUAAAAAGUCCCAUAUAAUAAGGCGACCAGGAGGUCUACCUCAUCGUUCUUUAAAGAAAAAGAAAAAGAGGGGCCGAUGA